GAACACAUGAAGCUAUAUGAGCAUAUAAUAAAGUUAUAGGUGUCUAACGAGUGGGUUUAGUUGGGUAUUAAAAAUGAUUAUCAUCUUCUUUUUCACGUGCUUCGUUCUCUCUUGUCUGCCUCAUCUCCUUCACUCUGCUAUGCCAACCUGCCCCGAAAGUUUCAGCUGUCAGAGCUAUUCCCCAUUCAAGUACCCAUUUUACAAUUCCAAUAACACAGAAUGUGGGUUAAUCGAAGUCAACUGUACUCCAAAUGGUGGGAAAAUUCAACUUGGAGGACAGUCACAUACGAUUUUGUACAAGUUCGAUUCUAAUUUUUCCUUCCUCAUCUAUAACAGAACAUUUGAAAAUCUUGUGAAAGAAGGAAACUGUAAGGCGCUAACGGAUAAUUUCACUUCUCCAAGCCCUCUUUUGUUUUCAUUUUCAAUAAGUCCCUUCAUCACUAUCUUCAAAUGCCCCAAAAAUCUCAGUGAUGUUCAACAAACAACUGAUGCUUACUUUGACAAAAGUAAUUUCAGCAAUCACAGCCAAUGCAAAGAUCACAAUUAUUUCUACUAUAAGCAUUACAAUAAUAAUAAUUCAGGAGUUCCAAGCAAUCUCCCAGAUACAUGUCAAGUAAUACAGUUGCCUUUGAAACAGAGUUGGCGAUUUGGCCCCGAUGAGAACACGGAUAAAGCAGAGAUAUUCCAACUUCUUCCUUCUUCCUUCUCUAUUGCGUUUCCUCUGUCUGCAACCUGUGAGAAGUGUCUAAAAAAUGGCAGCCAUUGUCUGAAUAGUAAUGAACAGAUUCAGUGUUUCGACGUCAAAAAGGAAAUACCAAGCAGAGGACACACGGUGAUUCUAGCUAUGGGUGUAGGUGUUGUGGCCCUUAUUGUAGUAGCUGCAACAAUAUCAAUUGUCAAAAUCUUACAAGGGAAAAUUGGAUGCAGAUAUAUAAAGACAAAGUACAAUGUCAACGCAGAACUCUUUCUACAAAAUCAUGAAUUCCUAGCUCCGAAAAGGUACUCAUAUUCACAGGUCAAGAAAAUGACAAGCUGUUUUAAAUUUAAGUUGGGCCAAGGUGGCUUUGGUUCUGUAUACAAAGGAGCGUUGAACAACGGAAACUUAGUUGCAGUGAAGGUUUUAAGCGAAUUAAAAGGAAAUGGAGAAGAUUUCAUUAAUGAAGUUGCAAGUGUUGGCAGGACUUCCCAUGUUAAUAUAGUCACUCUUGUGGGAUUUUGUUUGGAGGGCAAUCGUAGAGCUUUGAUCUAUGAGUUCAUGCCUAAUGGAUCCCUCGAAAAGUUCAUAUAUGGCCAGGUUUCACCAAGUAAUACUCAACUUGGGUGGGAAAAGUUGCACCAGAUUGCUAUUGGGAUUGCUCGAGGAUUAGAAUACUUGCAUAGGGGUUGCAACACACGGAUAUUACAUUUUGACAUAAAGCCGCAUAACAUUUUAUUGGAUCAAGAGUUUUGUCCUAAGAUAGCCGACUUUGGUCUAGCUAAGUUAUUCCCCGAAAAAAGAAGCAUGAUAUCCGUGACUGAUAUGAGAGGAACACCCGGGUAUAUUGCCCCUGAACUAUUUUCUAGAAGUUUUGGAGUGGUCUCUCAUAAAUCGGAUGUUUACAGUUAUGGAAUGAUGAUUUUGGAAAUGGUUGGAGGGAGAAAAAAUAUCGAAGUUAAAGUUGAUCAUACAAGUGAAAUUUACUUUCCUCAUUGGAUCUACAAGAAGAUUGAAUUACAUGAAGACCAUCUUGGACUGCAAAAGAUUGUGAGCGAUGAAGAAAAAGUGAUAGCAAAGAAGAUGAUUAUCGUGGGGUUGUGGUGCAUACAAACCAAUCCCUCAAACCGCCCGACAAUCACUAAAGCAUUGGAAAUGCUAGAAGGGGACUUAGAGUUGCUGCAAGUUCCUCCAAAACCUUAUAUAUCUUCUCCAACAAGGCAUGUUGAUUCCCCGUCUACAUGUCCAUUGCAUUCUUGCUAUUCUUCUACUGAUACUUUGUAAUGUAUUUGUCAUCUAAGUAUUGCAUCAUCAGUUCAAUCCUAAUGACUAUUGAUGUGGUUGAUGUAUAUACUAAUACAGAUUAUAACUUAAGCGAAAUAUAUAU